CGCGUGUGAGCUAGGUGGCGUCAUCGGGGACGGGGUCUAAUGUUACGUUCAGGUAUGCACACACAGGGAGACCCGUGUGAUCUGAAUACAGCGUGCAGGUGUCCAUGUAGCAGGCUUUAGCAGAUACGAACAACAGUACACUAUACACAUUAAACACGGCCACCAUGUCGACAUCGGAUACCCAGCAAUAUGAUGAGCAAAUGCCUUCUGAAAUUGAGGAAAGCUUGGGCGACCUGAUUGGCGAGAAGCCCAAGGUCCCGGAUGGAGGAUGGGGAUGGUGGUGCGUCCUUGGGCGGUUCUACAUCCACUUCCUCAUUAUUGGUACAAAGAGUGCUUUCGGCAUCAUCUAUAUUGAACUGAUCGACUAUUUCCAUGGCAACAGAGCUGAAACUGCGUGGGUGGGGUCCAUCGCGAGUGGACUCAUACUGCUGGUUGCACCACUGUCUGGGUGGAUGACGGAGCGCUAUGGGUGCCGUGUGCCGACCAUCAUUGGGUCAUGUGUCGCCGCUGUGGGGCUGUUUGCCAGCUGGUUCUCAAACAGCAUGACGUCACUGUGUGUAACCUACGGAUUAAUAACAGGAAUCGGCCUAGGUUUGACCUUCAUCCCAUCUGCCGUGAUUGUUCUCCACUACUUUGACAAGAAGCGGGGAUUUGCUUCUGCAGUUGGCUCGACUGGAGGGGGUAUUGGUGCGAUGGUCCUACCCCUGUUUUACAUCCACAUGUUUGAGGAAUACGGAUGGCGUGGCUCGCUCUGGAUACUUGCAGGUCUUGUAUUGAAUGGAGUGGUGUGUGGGGCCCUGUUUCGCCCUCCGACCUGGAUAAAAAAGCCGGAACCGAAAGAAGAAAAGCUUGACAAAGAUGCUGAAACCAAAGCUAUAAACAAAAGUUCCCAAGCAAAGGAAUUCUUCUCUGUGAUGAAAAACAUACGUUUUGUUUUGUUUGCUUUGGGGACAUUUUUCUGUAACGUCGGAUACGCCACACCCCUCGUCCACCUUCCCGAUAUGGCGUUGCAGAGAGGAUUCUCAAAGGCAAAUGUGGCGCUCCUUCUCUCCAUCAUGGGGAUCUCUGGCGUCCUUCUACGACUUCCUGUUGCCUGGGUGAGCGACUUCCGGUCAGUGAGUCGCCUGCUGAUCCACACGCUGUCGCUGCUGGUGUGUGGGGUGGCAACACUCAUCUGUCCCUUCCUGUACACCUACUUGGGGCUGGCCUUGUACGCAGCCGUACACGGAGGAUUCAUUGGCGUGUACGGGUCGUUUCUGAGUGUUUUGGUGGCAGACAUCCUCGGUGUGCGAGAUUCAAACAAAGGCUUCGCCGUUCUUGUCUUUUUCGGAGGUCUUCCGUCACUUUUCUCCUCACCACUUGCAGGAUGGAUGUACGACAGCACCAACUCGUACAUUACAAGUUUCUGUUUCGCUGGAUCAACAUUCCUCAUGUCUGGCCUCUUAACGCUCCUCGUUUUCCUCAUCGGAUUUUUCAAGAAACGUCAACGCUGACCCACUCGCAUUUUUUCACUCGAUCACUAAUAAAAUUGAGGUUCGUCCCUUGGGCAUGCCAGAAACGUGAGAUCUUGAGAGCUAGGCCCGAUUCGCUCCGAUAAUGUGUCUAAGUUUGUCAGUACCAUACCCGUGCUCGUGAGUUUCACCGAAGUGGUAAACGUCUGAGACCUGCUUCACUUCGGGCUUUCCUCCCACAUCAAGCUGACACUGGAAACGCCCAAGUCACCUACUUACUUGUGAUUACUCUUACACUAAUAUUGUUGUGUUGUAAUUGAUGUUAACAUUGCGUUGAGAUAUAUGUGAAAGUGUGUGAUAUGUUGAACGCUUUUUCUCAGCUUACUAGAAGCCUUUGAAGGCUACAUGUCAGCAUUAAAAGCCAGAUAUUUGCUUCUUAUGUUAUUCACAUGAAGUCGUCAUACAGUUGGAAUGUGGCGUUAAACAAGAAAAUAUACGCAUACACAGAAACAGGCACACCCAGACAAACA